CAUCCUUCCUUCCCUGCUUUCAAAACAAAGCCAAUUUAUUUAGCUUUUCCCUUUCUGAUUGGGGCACUGCAGAAAAACAUAAGCAAUAUGCAAGAACAACCGGUCAUUAUCAUCGGAGCCGGCCCCUCAGGGUUGGCUACCGCCGCUUCCCUUAACCUCCACUCAAUCCCUUACAUCCUCCUCGAAAGAGAGGAUUGUUUCGCUUCCCUUUGGAAGAAAAACGCCUACGAUCGUCUCCACCUUCACCUACACAAGCAGUUCUGCCAGCUUCCCCACCUCCCUUUCCCUCACUCUUAUCCCCGUUUCAUCUCUAAGCAACAGUUCGUAUCUUAUUUGGACGACUACGUUUCUCAUUUUAAGAUCACCCCUCUGUACUGUCGAUGCGUUGAGCUGGCUUUGUUCGAUGAAAUAACCAAGGAAUGGAUCGUCAAGGUCAGGAAGUUGAGUUCCGGCGAGGUCGAGGAGUUCAGGGGGAGGUUUUUGGUCGUCGCCAGUGGAGAAGCAACCGACCCUUACACACCUGAGAUUGAAGGACUGAAAUCUUUUCCUGGAGAUGUUCUUCAUUCAACCCAGUUCAAAAAUGGGAAGGCGUUUAGAGACAAGAACGUUUUGGUUGUUGGGUCAGGCAAUUCCGGCAUGGAGAUCGCCAUGGACCUUGCGAAUCACGGUGCCAAAACAUCCAUCGUCGUUCGCAGCCCGGUUCAUAUACUUUCGAGGGAAAUGGUGUACUUGGGGUUGAAUCUGUUGAAGUAUAUACCAUUAAACAUGGUGGACUGGUUGAUGGUCAUGCUUAGCAAGCUGGUUUACAGGGAGUUGAGUAAGUACGGGCUUAGCAGGCCUAAGGAAGGUCCAUUUUUCAUGAAAGUUGCCAACGGCAAGUACCCUGUUUUGGAUGUAGGAACCUAUAGUAAGAUCAAGUCCCGGGAGAUUCAGGUAUUGCCGGCUAUAUCGAGUGUAAAAGGCAAUGAAGUGGUGUUCGAGAACGCCGAAUCACAUGCCUUCGACACAAUUGUGUUCUGCACUGGAUUCAAGCGCUCCACACAUAUCUGGCUUAAGGUUCUGGUUUUGUUUCGAGACAGGGAGAUGAUUACCUGCUGAAGGAUGACGGAAUUCCGAAACCGAGUUUCCCGAACCAUUGGAAGGGAAAGAAUGGAUUGUACUGUGUCGGAUUGUCGAGAAGGGGCUUGUAUGGGGCAGGCUUUGAUGCACAAAACAUAGCCGAUGAUAUCAAGUCUCUUCUAAAAUGAUUCAUUCAUUUGAAUAAGGAAUAAUAUAUUAUACUAUAAUUUAUUUGCAAAUUUUCCCUUUCUUGAGGGCCCUAAGAACAAUUACACCAAUAGAUUCAAUUACAAGAAUAUCAUGCUUCAGGUGUUUUUCUAGAA